CGUCUUCCACAUUUUGAGGUCUUGAAUGUGCACAGAGAAUUGAAGUGUGUGUGUAUUCCAAUUCCAGUCCAUGGCUCAAUUUUAACACGCAAGCCCACGCACACUAGUCUCUUCUCUACAUUGCUUUAAAACGUACGCUGUGUCUCUUGUUUUCUCCAACUCCAUCCUCCCUCCCAAUCACUCUGUUUCUCUCCUGCACCUGUUUCUGCUUCAUCCCCUUUCCUUGCCUCGCCUCCGUAGUCUCUGACUUUUCAUGGAUAUUUCAGCUUCUUCCCAAUUCACUUCAGGUUACCAACAACACCCAAAACUCUCGAGGCUACGUUUCUGCUAGACAACUUUCACCAUAAUUUAUCCAUUUUUGUGUUCUUUUUUUGUCUUUGUUGCAAAGCAAAUUGUUAUAGUGGUAUUUGUGUUUCUCGUUGGUGCUGGAAUUCAUGUUAACCAAUGCAAUUUCUUACAUCUAUAUCACAAUUAGGGGCUCUGAGUUUAUCUCUACCACUAAUUAAUGAUUUUACAAUCAAUUUCUGCGAGCUUCGGUUUCUCGCUGCCAUUUCCUCAGCAGCAAAACUGCCCAUGUGGGAAUUUCGUCAACCCAAGAAAACCGCAGAAUAUCUUUUCGCUUCCUUCCUCUAAACGAAGAAGAAAGCAGCUACUUGUUACCAAAUUUUCGCGUAGAAGUGCAAGAAGAAAAUGGGGUUUCAGUGCUUGUGCGAUUUCACCUGAUGGCCCUGGGCCCAGUAUGAAUGUAGAGCUUGCAAAGUCAGCCAGACGGAGUGCCAAAAUCUUGGUGCUAAAGCGUUUAUCCAGUGAAUUGGAUGCCGAUGAAUUUUCCGAAGAUUCACCACAAAUUCAAAUGGGCACCAAUUUCACCAACUUCCAAGAAGACCCGUUUGUAGAUAAACUUAGAACUCAGCUAGGAGUCAUACACCCCAUUCCCUCGCCCCCGAUAAACCGAAACAUUGCGGGGUUGUUUGUGUUCUUCUUCUUUGUAGGCGUUGUGUUUGAUAAAUUGUGGACUUCAAGGAAGAAAAGCAAGUCGGGAAGUGAGAAUGGUCGGCGUGAGGCGUGGCCGCAAGUGCCCACGAGCUUUUCAUUGUUUCUGGAGAAGGAUUUGCAGAGGAAAGAGUCGGUGGAAUGGGUGAACAUGGUUUUGGGGAAGCUGUGGAAGGUUUAUAGAGCUGGGCUUGAGAAUUGGCUCAUUGGGUUGCUUCAGCCGGUCAUUGAUGAUUUGAAGAAGCCCGACUAUGUUGAGAGAGUUGAAAUCAAGCAGUUUUCUUUGGGGGAUGAGCCAUUGUCUGUUAGGAAUGUUGAGCGGAGGACGUCCCGUCGUGUCAAUGAUCUCCAGUACCAAAUAGGCCUACGUUAUACUGGUGGUGCUCGUAUGCUGUUAAUGCUCACACUAAAAUUUAGCAUUAUUCCCAUUUUCGUGCCAGUUGGUGUUCGAGAUUUUGAUAUUGAUGGAGAACUUUGGGUCAAAUUGCGACUAAUACCGACAGAGCCUUGGGUGGGAGCUGUUUCUUGGGCUUUUGUUUCACUUCCCAAGAUCAAAUUUGAAUUGUCACCCUUCCGCUUGUUCAAUUUGAUGGCAAUUCCCGUUCUUUCAAUGUUUUUGACAAAACUUCUCACUGAGGAUUUACCUAGAUUAUUCGUACGCCCAAAAAAGAUCGUCUUAGAUUUCCAGAAAGUAAAAGCAGUUGGCCCAGUAGGAGACGAUUUCAAGUCGGGGGACAUACAAGAAGGAAACAAGGAUUUUGUUGGAGAAUUAUCAGUGACCCUUGUAGAUGCUCGGAAGCUUUCCUAUGUUUUCUAUGGCAAAACGGAUCCCUAUGUUACUCUAAGCCUGGGAGAUCAAAUUAUACGCAGUAAAAAGAACAGUCAAACUACUGUUAUUGGACCUCCUGGGGAGCCGAUUUGGAAUCAGGAUUUUCAUAUGCUUGUAGCAAACCCUAAAAAACAAAAGUUAUGCAUCCAAGUCAAGGAUUCUCUUGGAUUCACGGACUUAACUAUUGGUACAGGAGAGGUUGAUCUGGGAUCUCUCCAAGACACUGUACCAACAGACAGGAUUGUGGUACUGCAAGGAGGUUGGGGCCUGUUUAAGAAAGGGUCUUCUGGUGAAAUACUACUUCGAUUGACGUAUAAAGCAUAUGUGGAGGAUGAAGAGGAUGACAGAACUGAGGUGGAUUCCGUGGAUACCGACGCUUCAGAUUCAGAUGACGAGUUGUCUGAAUCUGAUGAGUCAAAGGAUACAACAGAGUCUGCAAAUGAAACAGAUAAAGAGUCCUUUAUGGAUGUUCUAGCAGCUUUAAUUGUGAGUGAAGAGUUUCAAGGGAUAGUGGCAUCCGAAACAGGAAACGGCAAAAUUUUGGAUGAUAUCCCAAUUACAGGGUCAAAAAUCUCAAGAUUGCAGCGUGGACCUGAUGCCGAAUCUGCGCCUUCAAAUUCCAGUAAUGUUUCUGAAGGUUCUCAAGGAGUAGCUUUAUUUUGGCUUGCUGUAGUUGCUGGCAUAUCGGUGCUAAUUGCUACGAACAUUGGUGGCUCAAGCCUUUUCAAUCCUUGAGACUGCGGCAAAGGAGCUUGAGCUCGCUUUGAAUCAAUGUGUGCGCGCGCGCAAUGCUUUCUGGUAACUCAAAGGUGGACGACGGAAUUAUUCAGCAUAUAUUGUAAAUUUGUGAUUAUUGCAGAGGAAAUAUUCUAUUGGCGGCAUUUUUUGCAUUUUUUUUCCUGAGCCGUAGAUAGGCCCAUAGCAAGUGUGAUUACCCUGUCCUUUUUCUUUACUAGUAUACCAGUCUUUUAAACUUUCUCUCUCUC